AUGAAUGAAAUUAGUGAGUCUGAAAAAAAGCGUCUGGAAUCAUUGAAACAGAAAAAGGAAACAUUUAGAGCUAAAGAGUUAGCGGUACAAGAGGCAUUAAAAAAUUUGGAUAGCAAGUCGAAUAAAAAUAAAAUAAUAUUCGAUGAAAAUGUCGACAAACUGUUAGAACCUAAAAUUAAGGAAAAGACAAAGAAAAGAAAACACAAUUUGUUUGAUGAUGAUGCUGAUGAAAAAGAUAACAAUGAAUCAGUUUGGGAUAUUAGUAAUUUUGAAACUACUAAAAAGAGACAUAAUAUUACUUUAGGAAAUGAUAAACGGUUUAAACUUGAUGAACGUUUUAUGGAUGCUGAUUAUGAACCAGAGAAAGAUAGUACAACAGAAAAUAAUGACGAGACCGAUCUGCAAAAGGAAAAGAAAUUGCAAUUAGAUAUUUUAGAAAAUAUCCUAGGAGUACCAAUUCAAAACAUUUCAAAAAACAAAGAUGUGAAUAAGGACCCAAAGUUUGCAAAUAAACAAAUGAUCAGAUAUGAUCCUACAGAAGACAACCACAAAGAGUAUGAAAUUGUGCAAAAGUCAGAAGUAGGUACCAAGAAAGUUAAAAAGAAGAAAAAACCCAAGGAUGUCACCGAAGAUAAUAUGGAAAGCACACCUAUAGAAGUGUCAAAAGAUGUUUAUUUUUCUGUGUCAGAUUCAUUAUCGCAGAGUUUAAAGAAGGAGGGUCAAUUUAGUUUGUUAAAAGCAUAUGGCAAAGAAGAAACAAACGAAAAAGAGGAACAGGAAUACAGUGUAACAAACAUAGACCCAUCGAAAAGUAAAAAAUUUCAGUUUAAUUUCGACACAAAGAACCCAUUCAAAUAUGAUUCAUCUGACGAUGAGAAUGACAAUAAAGAAAUUAGUACAAAGAAGGAGCAGCCAAGAGAUUAUGUAUCUAAAGAAACAAAUAAUUUUUUCUUUGACAACAAUGAUGCACGUUUUAAUGAGGCAGUGAAAUUUUUCUCUGAGCAAUCUAUGUCCCCCGAUAACUUUAAAAAUCUGAGGCAGGAAUUAAAACAAAUUGUACGUUUGAAAAUUCGGCGAAAUGUGAAGAAACAACAACCAUAUGGACGUAAGAAAAAGGUGAUGAAAGAAAGUGUGGCACGUAAAAAGAAACAUUAA